AUAUAACUGCAGGCAAUGUAUUCUACCAAAAUGAAGAUGACAGUACAUCUUUCAUAUUUCAACAAUGGAAAAUAACUGAAGAAGAUGUGGAAUUAAAUGAUACUACUAUUGUAGAAGUCGAAGUGACCUUUGGCAAUACAAUUGAACGCAGCAUUUGCAUCUGUCCACCUGGUUAUGAGGGCAUACAUUGUGAGAAAACUGUACAAGGAAAUACCGGACAUGUUGUAUCUGCCAUUACAUAUAAUAAUGGUGGAACAUCUGCCCUGACCUGUGAGAAUGGUGGAACAUCUGCCACGACCUGUCAGAAUGGUGGAACAUCUGCCACGACCUGUGAGAAUGGUGGAACUUCUGCCAUGACCUGUGAGAAUGGUGGAACUUCUGCCACGAUCUGUGAGAAUGGUGGAACAUCUGCCACAACAUGUGAGAAUGGUGGAACAUCUGCCAUGACAUGUGAGAAUGGUGGAACAUGUGCUGUGACUUGUAAGAAUGGUGGAACAUCUGUCACGACUUGUAAAAAUGGUGGAACAUCUGCCGUGACUUGUGAGAAUGGUGGAACAUCUGCCGUGACUU